AUGUGAGACACACACAUACACGCACUGUGCAGGCUUCCAUCCCACCAACACUCCGUCUUACGACUGCUGGUACCGAAACCUGAACGAGGCGUCGGGCGGGCGGGGAAACAACCACCGGUGUGCUGCUAUAGCUGCUCCUGCUGCCCGGGGAGCAGGAGGGUCGCAUCAAUGCCUCCAGGUCUCCUCUCACAUACUGGCCUGGACCUGCUCUCGUCAUCGGGCCUCCUGCGCUGAGAUAAUGAAAGAAUGGCCGAGCAGCGAUGCGGGGACCACGGAGGACUGACGGAUGCUGCUGCAGCGACUCGCCGGGAUGAGCAGCAUCAUCACCAAACGAUGAAAUCAGCGGAGGAAGCAGAGGCGGAGGACCUGUGCUUGGAAGAGAUACUGAGGCUUUAUAACCAGCCCAUCAAUGAGGAGCAGGCAUGGGCGGUGUGUUACCAGUGCUGCAGGACGCUGGCGAAGGGACACCGGAGCAGGAGAAGCUACUCCGCCGCCGCCGCCGGAGCAUCAUCAUCGGCGCUUCCGGGGAGGAUAUCGGGACCGGGGGAUGUUAGGAUACAGAGAGAUGGGUCUGUUACCGUGGAAAACCAGGGCUGUGAAGGUAAAUACAGCCCUUGCACAACAACAGAGGUGAUCGAGUCUUUGGGCAUCAUGAUCUACAAGGCUCUGGACUACGGGCUGAAGGAGAAUGAGGAGAGGGAGCUCAGCCCUCCCCUGGAGCAGCUCAUUGACCUCAUGACAAACAUGGCUGAGGCCACGAGGGACAUCUGCCCUGACGAAGGUUAUGAGGCCACAGAGGAAGAAGACGAGGCAGAGGACGACCCUGACAACAUCUCCACUGUUCACGGCUACAGAGAUAUCCUCAAGCUGUGUACAGCUCAUCUGCCCAGCCUAUCAGAUGCCCCCAGUCACUACCAGGCAGUGUGUCGGGCUCUGUACACAGAAACCAGGGAGCUACGUACUUUCCUGGAGAAGAUCAAGAGUGCCAAAGAGAACCUCCGUAAAAUGGAGGAGGAGACAUCAGAAGAGCCUGGCCGAGACCUGAACGAGCUGCAGAAUGCUGACUGGGCUCGAUUCUGGGUUCAGGUGAUGAGGGACCUUCGUGAGGGAGUCAAGCUGAAGAAGGUGCAGGAGCGUCAGUAUAAUCCUCUGCCCAUCGAGUACCAGCUCACUCCUUAUGAGAUGCUCAUGGAUGACAUCAGGUCCAAACGUUACAAACUGCGCAAAGUCAUGGUGAAUGGAGACAUCCCACCCAGGUUAAAGAAGAGUGCUCAUGAAGUCAUCCUGGAGUUCAUCAGGUCCAGACCCCCUCUCAACCCUGUGUCUGCUCGCAAGCUGAAGCCACAGACUCAGCCUCCUCCUACCCUGCACGAGAGGAUCCUGGAGGAAAUCAAAGCAGAAAGGAAACUUCGACCAGUGUCGCCUGACGAGGUCCGCAGGGGAAGGCUGGUAAUUCGGCCACUUAGCAUGUCUUUCAGUUUUGAUGCGUCAGAUGAGUUUAGUCCAUACAUGGGAAGGAGGGCAUCCAGCUCUCUGUCUCUAACCAAUGGAACAGCAUCUCCCAGAGCAGAACCCUCCGGAUCUCAGUCUGCACCCCAGAGGAAGAGGCUCCUGAAGGCUCCCAGCCUCGCUGAGCUGGACAGCUCUGACUCCGAUGAUGAGAUUGUUGGGCGCAAAUCUGCCAGCAGCUCCAGUGUGGCUACAUCUUUGAUGGAUGAUACAUCCCCAGAAUCUGCACUGGGGAAGAAAACUCCCCCCAUGUUCCUGCCCAUCUCCUCUACGCCUCAGCCAGAGAGGCGUCAGACCCCCCAGAGGAGACACUCCAUCGAGAAGGAAACCCCGACCAACGUACGCCAGUUUCAGCCGCCGUCCAAACAGAAUUCCAAGUCUCUGGAGGAGUUCUGUUUCCCUGUGGAGUGUCUCUCUCUGACGGUGGAGGAGGUGAUGCACAUCCGACAGGUGCUGGUUAAAGCAGAGCUGGAGAAGUUCCAGCAGUACAAAGAAAUCUACAACGCUAUGAAGAAAGGAAAGCUUUGCUUCUGUUGUCGAACCAAAAGGUUUUCCUUUUUCACCUGGUCCUACAUCUGCCAGUUUUGCAAAAAGCCUGUGUGUUCACAGUGUUGCAAAAAGAUGCGGCUGCCAUCCAAACCUUAUUCCAGUUUGCCCAUCUACUCCAUCGGCUCGACCAACACUCUCCCCAGGGAGAGGAUAAGUGCCAUGGCUGCGGUGGGACAAGGACUCUCUGUGGCUGGAGGGCCGGGGCCGUCAGCGGUGGGAGAGGCUGCGGCAUCUCCCACUCUGAAAGUAACAACAACAGGAGCACGUAAAGGAGCUGGAAAAGUUUCUGGAGCAGCAGCUGCUACUAAAUCUGAGAAAUCUUCCAGUAGCCCUCAGCGCCACAGCAUCCAGAAGACCAUGUCCAAGUUUUCGAAGCAUGGCUCUUUAAAGUCUCAUGACGAACUGGAGCUCCCCCCAGAGCUGACAGAGGACUGGGCUACCAUGGAGGUGUGUGUGGACUGUAAGAAGUUCAUCUCUGACAUAAUUGCCUCCAGCAAGCACAGCCUGUCACUGGCCACCAAGAGGGCUCGCUUAAAACGCAAAACCCAGUCCUUCUACUUGUCCUCCCCCAAAGGAAGGGAGGAGUACCGGCCCUCUGAACGAACAAUCAACGAGAUCUGAAACUCUUUAUUUCUCUCUCUGGCUGCUCUCAGCUCCAAUUGCACAAUUAUACAAACUCACUGGAUGUGAUGUUACUGUACAUGUAUACUUCAGUCAUAUUAAGCUGUCGGGAUGGCUGAUGUGAACCUCGGUUGUGGACAGUGUGGUUUUGUUGCUGUGUCCUGAUUAUCUUGUACAGCUCCUCCAGACAACAGCAUACUGUAGAUUGUUUUUACUUUACAGUAUCAUAGAUGAUCCUUUAAUCUCUGGCCACAGACUUUUGAGACAAGAAACAAGAGCUUCGCCUCAAAGUGGACUGACCUCCCUCCACUCUGAUGGCACAAAAGCGUGGUCCACCUCAAUUCACAUUUCAAAUCAAUAAGCACAAGAGAGAAGAAGGACAGAUUUGGUGUUUGACACUCUCAGGCACUGACACUGCAGGAGACACAAGGCCUGCAGACAGAUCAUGUUGGAAACUAAAGGUGACACUCAAGAAACUAUGGUAAUAUAAAACUGUAGGUUUUGUAUGGGUUUUAAUUUAGCUUUUUUACAUAUGUGUGUGUACAGUAAAUGAUUGUUCAAUACAAAGUCACCCUUUGCUUCUUAUCUGGAGUUUUAUUUUGCUGAUGAUGCUUAAUGAGGCUUUCCCCUAGUUUCAUCUGUCCAGUGCUUACUGUGUUUCUGGAAGACUUAGAGGAGAAAUCUUUGUUUCCUCUUAUCUUUUUUUUUUUUGCAUCACAAUUACAAACAUCAGUUUUUGUUCAGAUUUAGUGCCAAAUAAUAACAACUUCUGUCUCAUCGGUAAGUCUCUCUCCUGAUGUCAACAAAAUCAUGUAACAAACCCUGCUCUUUAAAGCCCCUAAAACUGUGGUUCCAGAUCAGAUGCAUUUUUCUAUAAGAUUAAAUAUUCAAGCCGAUAUAAACAAUGCUCAAAGUCAUAGAUUAUUAAACAAAAACACAAAACACCCAGUAUCUUUCAAACUCAGCUAAUCUGCUUCACCAGGACCAUGUGAGUGUGAUUUGAGCAGAUUUGACUGACAGUGGCCUGGUAACAUAAAUGGAUGAGGAUGGGUGAUCACAUAAGGUAAGGGGACUUGUAAGAGAGAGAGCAUAAAAGAAAUGCUCAAAACGGAUACAGCAAAGGCUGAGCUAUGGUGACUUUAUUCCUUAUACAGGUCAAGCUCCAAAAAUACACAAUUUCCCAUAAUGCAAAUCCACAGCAUCUUUUGCCACCCCAUCUGUGACUGGUAAAUAUCUGCGUUUUCAAUUCCACAAUAAUCUCUGAAAUAAUAAUAAUCAGAUUCUGGAUCAGUAGUGCUCCCCAUAACUUUGUGUGUAAAAUUAGUGGAGUGCUCACUUGUUUCCAUCUGGAACCUGCCUACUUCAAUUCAGUGUCAAAAGCACAAGACAAGAAACACAGAUGUAACCAAAACUGCUCUGUUGAUAGAAAAUACUGUGUUCAUGUGGGAUCCCAUAGUAAUUAGUAAGUAGCUGAUUGAGGAAAAAAGGUUUUUAUGGCCUUUAAAGCACAUCACGUAACUAUAUAUUCAUGUACAAGAUGGUCAUUUGAAACCAUUAUUUUUAUUUAUGUCAGAUGUGCACAGAAGCAGGCAUAAAAACAUUAUUACAUGCAGUGCAGUGUGUGCAAUUUUUCAGACUUGCCUUUUAAUAAUUUACAUGGAAUAUUUUUGCUUUUUUUUAAAUGUACCUUUACAUCAGUAGAUAUAUGUUAACUCCUCAACUCUUGUAUUAGAUUCCUGGCUUGUGUUUGUAUUAUGUAGAGAAGGGUAAUGAUAAAACACCUCAAUUUCAUGUUUUUGCACAGAUGUACAGUUUAUGAAACUCAUCUCUCUGUACAGACAGCAAAAACAUAUGUUCAACACAUACAAUAAGUCUUAAUAUAAUGCCUUUAUGAUUUCCCUUCAUCACUUAGAGUCUCAUUGGCAGGAACAAAUACCUGACUUGUGGCCUGGGUCUAUUUUAUUCUUCAUCACAUUCCUCAUCUUCCUCCCAAUAUAUUUCUGCCUUAAAAAUUGCCUUUUAUGGUCACACUCAUAUGUUGAACAGUCAUCUACUGUUACUGUACAUACUUUGUUUCUAAUGGUUUGUUUAUAGAACAGGUGUGUGUUACUUCGGUGAUAUCUUGACAGUGAGACUGCUGUAGAUGUGUGUGUUUCUAAGAGGGAAACUACCUGAGAACAGUAUGUUCAGCUCAGAAUGAAGGCGAAGAGUGGGACGUACCACAGAUUAAAAAACAUAAUUAAAAAAAAAAAACUCACAGCGUGACAGACAGCAUCAUGCAUGUACUACUGUGUAGCUUGUACCUUCAGUCUGUAUUACCUUCAAGCUGUAACUCCCUGCAGAGUUUGCAACAAAUGAUGACUACAACAAUAAACAGUAAUGAAUACCUGU